AUGGGAUCACUUGCUAUUGUUAUUACGAUAUUCCCAUAUUCCAGUGAUAGAAAAGCAUCAGUUGUUCUAGCAACGACAGGAUCAGGUGAAAAGGAGGCUACAGCAAGUGUAGCUGGUUACGAUAAUUAG